AUGGUACCCUCCAGAGCACUCGCCCGCCUCGCGCGCGCACCUCAGCCGUGCGCCUCCGCUGCUGCACGUAGCAGCAGCCUUCGAUCCUACCACUCCUACGACCACCCAGCGCCGCCGGGCGCCUUCAAUGCCACCGAGCGCGCCAUCCUCUCCGCCGCCUAUGCACAUGUGCCCGAGCACGGCUUCUCGCAGCAUGCCCUGGCCCUGGGAGCCCGCGAUGCCGGAUACCUCGACAUGAGUGCCACGAUACUGCCCAACGGGCCUUUCAGUCUGAUCAAGUACCAUCUUGUCACGAAGCGGGAGGGCCUAGUACCCAAGAGCAAGGACAUCUUCGCACCCGGUGCGGAAGCCGAGAGGCUGCCGACCAAUGACAAGGUCGAGCGGUUGACGUGGGAGAGGUUGCUAGAGAACCGCGAUGUUAUACAUCGGUGGCAAGAGGCUUUGGCAGUGAUGGCUCAGCCCAGCCUGAUCCCAGCCUCCCUCCACGAGCUUGCCCUGCUCUCCGACGACAUCUACCACCUGUCUGGCGACAAGGCUGUCGACCCCACGUGGUACACCAAGCGUGCCUCCCUCUCGACGACCUACGCCGCGGCGGAGCUGUUCAUGACCAACGACCGCUCCUAUGGCUACGACGAGACGCGGGCUUUCCUGCAACGGCGGCUCGCCGAGAGCAGCGGCCUGGGCUCCGUGGUCGGAAACAUUGGGCAAUGGGUCGGGUUCACCGCGGCUGCAGGCGUGAACGUUCUCAGGAGCAAGGGUGUGAGGAUAUGA